AUGUGCUACCAACAUAUUUCGACGUUCAGACCAUCAUUAUUAACCUUCAAAAAGCCUUUUAAUGAUUCUUCAAAGGCAAUAGUCUUCACAGACAGAUGCAUUCCUAAUUUGAGCAAUGGUACUUUGACAACUUCUAUAUUAUACUCAAUAAACAAUCACGUUUACGAGUUGGAGACAGUAUUACCUUUAGGUGCACAUUAUAGUAGGGAUGAUACGAUCCCAGUUCCGGACUACAAUGAAUACACAAACAAAGUCCGUGCUAACGAAGUAUCGCUGAUAAAAGGUGAAUGGACCUAUACCGGUAAUGCCAAGAUAAUAAAGUUGGUCCCUUUGAGGGACAGUGAAUUCAGAUUUUUGGCUUUGAGUUCAAAUGGCUCCAUUGCUUGGUUCAAAGAUGACGUCUCUCUCCCAGUUAGUACAUACGACGAGGAAUCUAUCGAUUCUGGAAUUGUAGUGGACAUUACUGUAUCUUAUGAUGGUAAGAGAAUUGCAAAAGCCUAUUCCGAUUCCAAGAAAGGGCAGCACGUUACUGUCAUGGACAACAAUUCUAAAGCUGGUGAAAUUAUUCACAAAUUUAAAGUUGCUUCUAAUGCUGGUGUAAUCAAGUCAGUGGCAUUCAUUAAUGAGAACAUAGUUGCUACCGCUUCAGAUGAUAAUAUCCUAAGAUUUUGGGAUUUAAAAGGCGAAUCCUUCCUUACGCCUAAAUGGACUUUGGAUUUUAAUUCUAACGACUCAAAUUUAGAAUGUAUAGAUUCCUCUCCAUUUGCAGACACAUUGUUUGCUACCGGUGAUUCUAGGGGAAAUAUUAAGAUAUGGGAUCUGCGUACCAUUACAUCGAAUGAGGAAAUUCAGGAAGGUUCUGAUGGUAGUAUCUUCACUUUAGAACAACAUAAUAAUGAAGGACUAUCUAGUAUCAAGUUUUCCAAGUGUUCUCCAAGUGAAUUGAUUACUAUGAGUAACUCUGGUAAUAUAUGCCAUUGGGAUUUGACAUAUUUGUUCAAGAAAGGUGGCUCUAGUGAAGAAGGUGGUACGGAAGACACGAAUGAAUUCAAAGAAGAAAUACAAAACGAGUGCUUAACAUUUUAUCAUACUGGUGGAUCAAGAAGAUCACCUGUUAACCCGAAAGCGAAGAACACGGUCGAUUAUCAUCCUUUCAUUGAAGAUUUGGUAUCUACCAUAGAUAAUGAUGGGCUAAUCACGAUCUACAAGCCAUUUACGGUCCCUCAGGAGGAUUCCGAAGAAGAAGAGAAGGAAGCCACCAACAAUGAAGAAGAAGGCGCACAGAAAGAAGACUAA